UAUUACCCCAACAACUAAAACAAAUUCAACAUGUUCGAGGCACGCCUGGGUCAAGCCACCAUUCUGAAAAAGAUCCUGGACGCCAUCAAGGAUCUGUUAAAUGAGGCCACCUUCGAUUGCAGCGACUCCGGCAUUCAGCUGCAGGCCAUGGACAACUCCCAUGUGUCGCUGGUCUCGCUGACCCUGCGGUCCGACGGAUUCGACAAGUUCCGCUGCGACCGCAACCUCUCCAUGGGCAUGAAUCUGGGCAGCAUGGCCAAGAUCCUCAAGUGCGCCAACAACGAGGACAACGUGACGAUGAAGGCGCAGGACAACGCCGACACAGUCACCAUCAUGUUCGAGUCGGCCAACCAGGAGAAGGUCUCCGACUACGAGAUGAAGCUGAUGAACCUGGACCAGGAGCACCUGGGCAUCCCGGAGACGGAUUUCUCGUGCGUGGUCCGCAUGCCGGCCAUGGAGUUCGCCCGCAUCUGCCGCGAUCUGGCGCAGUUCAGCGAAUCCGUAGUCAUCUGCUGCACCAAGGAGGGCGUCAAGUUCUCGGCCAGCGGCGAUGUGGGCACUGCCAACAUCAAGCUGGCCCAAACCGGCUCAGUGGACAAGGAGGAGGAGGCCGUCAUCAUCGAGAUGCAGGAGCCGGUGACGCUGACCUUUGCCUGUCGCUACCUGAACGCCUUCACAAAGGCCACGCCCCUGUCCACCCAGGUGCAGCUGUCGAUGUGCGCAGAUGUGCCGCUGGUGGUCGAGUAUGCGAUCAAGGAUCUGGGUCACAUCCGCUACUACCUGGCACCCAAGAUCGAGGACAAUGAGACAUAGGUUCAUCUUACAGCUCAUAUUUAUAUUCCCUAUCGUAACCUCUCAUCCUCACGCGUACAAUUCAUUCCUAAGUUUUAAGCAAAUUUCGCAUUUUUUGAUCAAUAAAGCUAUAUUGUGUAAUGUUAA